UACACAACACUCAAAUAUGAAGACAAUUGUUUUUUUGUUUUUGUUCGUCAUAGCUUCGGCGGUUAAAUCCUUACCUGUGGUAUUAAAUAUAUCGGAACAAAAGCCAGACGACAACUCGAAAGCAGAAUACCAUUUGGAAAAUCAGAGACAACCGAGAGUGGAAGCUUAUCCUUUGUUUUUGGACUAUAAGGCGAAAGAACAGGCAAAAAAGCCUUUGCUUGGAAACGUUGGCCAAACUCUGUUUCCCAAAAACUUUUACAAAUUCUCUACCACAAAUGUAGUUGAAGAUCCAGCGAAAACAUCAGAAAAAACUACAUCCGUGGGGAAAAAGUUAUCAAAUACAAGGAGGCCUACUCCUUUCGACUUGAAAUUCUACCCAAAAGCCCAAAGUGAGUUUUAACUAGAAAGGAAAGAUAA